UUCUCAAUAAUAAUUUUUAUUAUUCAAUUGAACAUAAGUUCGUGCAAGUAAAAGUAUAAAAUAUCGGUUGAAAUUUAAAAAAAAAAAAAUUCCAAAAAAAAGAGAAAUAUAAAAAAAGAUAAAAAUUAUUUCUCAUCUAAUUUUCGGUUUGAAACGUGUAUUUGAUAUAGCAAUAAGGAUCAAAAGAAAUAAAUAAUAAAAAAAAAAAUACAAAAAAAUUAUACAUGUAUAUACACAAAUACGCAUCUAUAAAGCAUACUUAUAGGCAAUAAAAAAAAAAAUAAAGAAAAAGGGAUCAAAAAUCUUGAGUUCCUUAAAAAAGUUGAAAAGAAAGUUUUAAUAAAAAAAAAAACGGGUGAUUCAUACUUUUCAAUAAUUUUUUAAAUGAAAUUGUAUGUAUACACAUAUAUAUAUGUUAAUGUGUAAUAAAAAUAAUACAUACACGUAAAUGUAAAAAAAAAGAAUAAAAUAAAAUAAAUAAAUUGCGUGUAUGACAUGACCACAUUACACUAAAAUAGUGGCGGAAAUUUUCUUCAUUUAAAGUGAAAAAAAAAUAUAUACAUAUAAAGUAAAGCAAACAAAAGAGGAAAAAGGAAUCAACUAACUAAAUAUAUAAUUUAAAAAAAUAACAAAAAGAAUCGAAGAAAAAUAAGGAUUAAAAAGAAUAUUAAUGCGGAAAAAUUGUUAUAACCGAUUAAAAUAGAAAAUGGCUUUGAAAAAUAUUUGAUUUCCAAUUUGAUUUUUAUUUUCUAAUUUAUUAUAUUUAAAAACCAAAAAUAAAAAAACCAACUGUUAUUGCAAAUUAUUGCAAAAAAAAAAAAUUAAAAAAAUUUUCUAAAAUUUUAAAAGUGUUUAAAUUCUAAAUUUAAAAUAUCUGCAAAAUUUUCACGCACACAACAUACUAUAGGUUAUAAGAAAUUUCAAUAAGAAACCAAAAAAGUAAGAGUAAAAUUAAAAGGAAAAAAAUUAUUUAAAGUAAAUUAAAGAACGAGCACAAAACGAAUAAAAAAAUAUAUUAAAAGGUUGAAGUAAAGGAGAAAAUAAAAAAAAAAAAAACAAUUUUUUUUUUUUACAAUUUAUAUAAAUUUUUUUCUUCAUAUUGUAUUAAUUCGGCCAUUCACGGCCGAUUCCAACGACCUUCAAAACGUUUUGUGUAGAAGCAAUACGCACAAUGGGCUGCGCACAGUCUGCUGAGGAAAGGGCCGCAGCCGCUCGUAGUCGUUUAAUUGAAAGGAAUUUAAAAGAGGAUGGCAUUCAAGCAGCUAAGGAUAUCAAAUUAUUAUUACUUGGUGCUGGUGAAUCGGGAAAAAGUACCAUAGUCAAACAAAUGAAAAUUAUUCAUGAGAGUGGGUUUACAUCUGAAGAUUUUAAACAAUAUCGACCAGUUGUGUACAGUAACACAAUUCAAUCACUAGUUGCAAUCCUUAGGGCAAUGCCAAACCUAAGUAUUCAGUAUAGCAAUAAUGAAAGAGAGAGUGAUGCAAAAAUGGUUUUUGAUGUAUGUCAAAGAAUGCACGAUACUGAACCAUUUUCAGAAGAACUUUUAGCGGCUAUGAAAAGAUUAUGGUCAGAUAGUGGUGUACAAGAAUGUUUCUCACGUAGCAACGAAUACCAAUUAAAUGAUUCAGCAAAAUAUUUCCUUGAUGAUUUGGAUAGAUUAGGUGCAAAAGAUUAUCAGCCCACUGAACAAGAUAUUCUUCGAACUCGUGUUAAAACAACUGGAAUUGUUGAAGUUCAUUUUUCAUUCAAAAACCUAAACUUUAAAUUAUUUGAUGUUGGUGGCCAAAGGUCGGAGCGUAAAAAAUGGAUACAUUGUUUUGAAGAUGUUACUGCGAUUAUUUUUUGUGUAGCUAUGUCUGAAUAUGAUCAAGUUUUACAUGAAGAUGAAACUACGAAUCGAAUGCAAGAAUCCUUAAAAUUAUUUGAUUCAAUUUGUAACAAUAAAUGGUUUACAGAUACUUCAAUCAUUUUAUUUUUGAAUAAAAAAGAUUUGUUUGAAGAAAAAAUUCGUAAAAGUCCUUUGACAAUCUGUUUUCCAGAAUAUACAGGUGGUCAGGAGUACGGUGAAGCAGCAGCUUAUAUUCAAGCCCAAUUUGAAGCUAAAAAUAAAUCAACCUCAAAAGAAAUUUACUGCCAUAUGACAUGUGCUACAGAUACAACUAAUAUUCAAUUUGUAUUUGAUGCUGUGACUGAUGUCAUUAUUGCAAAUAAUUUACGAGGCUGCGGUCUGUAUUAAAAAAUUCUUUAUAACCAGUACCAAGUAACAACCAUAUUAAGAAUAUUAAAACAGAUACACAUGGAAAAUAACUUAAAAAAAAAUUAACAAAAGAAAAACAAUAAUACAUUUACAAAACAAAAAAAAAAUUGAUUGAAUACAAGUAUGUAAAUCUGUAUGGAUACCCCUCCCAGUCUUAGCACAAAAUUUCAAACAAAUCAAGAAAAAAAAAAUGCAUUGUGAAUGAGAAUAAAACAAAUUAAUAUAAAAGUAUAAAAUUUCAAAUAAAAAAAAAAACUAUGUUAUAAUAAAAAUUUAAAAAGAAAAAUUAUAUAAAUAAAUUAAAAAAUA